AUGGAUGUUCAGACACAACCUCGAGAAGCACGCAUCUUCUCGAUCUUGAACGACAACGACUGUCCAUCGUUCGUCAUUCCUCUCCGACAGUCAUCUCCUGCGCCGUCCACGUCGGCCGCUUCCAGCUCUACCCCGGCUUCUCCACGACAGCAGAAGGGGAGGAGGCCGAGUCUCCUACGCCAGGCCCAGUACUGCCGGACCUCGUCCUUCUCGUCCGCCGGCUCUCCUCCUCUCCUGCGCCAGUCAUCAUCCUCCUCCAAGUCCUCCAAUUCGAGUAUGGACUCUUCUCCUUCUCCGGUCACCCCGGCAUACAACUAUCUGGACAACAACGUCCUGUCCUACGAUGCGCUCCUCCGCCAGGACCUGGUCGGCCCUAUACCUUCUCCCACCACCAUCACUCCCUUUUUGGAACAGCAGUUAAUGAUCUCCCCUGAUAUGCCGGAUCAAUUCUCCUCCAAGCAGAUCCCUUCCAUGAUGCCCGCUCAAUAUCCUCUUGUUCCUGCCCCUCUGCAACCCGGGCCUGCACAUCUUCCUUCAGUCACAUCAGCGAGUGCUCCUGUACCACUCACUACCUCUGCUCCCAGCAUUCAGACCAGAGACUCUCCCUCGGCGACGUCGCCUGGUUCAGUCAAGAAGAAUAAAUACCCUUGCCCGUAUGCACAAUCGCACAAUUGUCAAGCUUCGUUUACGACCUCGGGCCACGCAGCACGUCAUGGGAAGAAACACACGGGAGAAAAGGGCGUGCACUGUCCGAUCUGCAACAAAGCCUUUACCCGCAAAGACAACAUGAAGCAACACGAACGCACCCACAAGAAUUUGGCGACAGGUGGUAGUAAUGGCAAUGAUUUGGCAGGUCGGAGCAAGGCCGCCAUCACGAAAGAGGCACAGAAGACCAAGCAGGUCAGGACGACGGAGACAAUGGCCUCGAACGCAAGCCGGCGGUCCAGUAUGAUCCACUCGCCGCUAUCUGAAGUCACCUCCCUUGCGCCCACGGCCAUCGAAACCCCUCUCAAUCUCGAAGAGACCAACUUCUACUCCCAAUCGCCUCAAAUGCUCAUGCCCAUCCAGAACAUGCAGGAUGGUGUGUCGCCCAACACGAUUUAUCCACCAAUGGGUGUUGAAAUGCUUCUCGCGAACGACACCAACCUUCAACAAACCUCACUCCAUAAGAUGAGUGGCAAUGGCCUUGGAAACCAUGGUCUGAUGCCACCGACCCUUGUCCGGGGAUACUCCGAUCUCGAUACACUGGCGCAGGCCGCCGAAAGCUUUGACCCUUAUUACCAACAAGGCAUGUAA